AUGAGUUUUGGCGCCAUGGAGGAUCGGUCAACUUUUGCGGCCUAUGCGAAGGCACAGCUGCAGCUGGUGGCCCGGAGCUUGAGUUGCUCUUUCGACUCACAGCUCUCCCAACAGCUGCUCGAGCUUGGCGACCGGCUUGCUUCCUACAGCAAGGAUUCUUCUGGUGAGAUCGUGAAGGAAAACUCGCCCAUCAAGGCAUUGGCAUUCACCCUCUCGGACCCCUCUGGUUCCACUGGCGAUGUUUCUCCUCGCCGAAGGUUUCAGGAGGAUGGCGAGUGGACCAUUGAGCAGUGGAAGGCGGAUGAUGCUUUGGAGCCCACGGAGUUGCAUCCAUCCGUGGGUGGGGGCUCUCCGUCCGACGGCUCCGAGAGCUACUGCCUCGGUGACGUGGGAGAUGCCACUCCAAAGGGUGAGAUGUCCGCCAGUCUUCUGUUCGGCCUGGCAGAAGAGGGGCCGCUUCCGGAUGUGGACCCCUGGGCGAGGCAGACCUCAGCGAUGUCGGCAGAGUCGGCUGUGGUUACGACGCCUUCGCAAUCGCUCAAGAAGCCGGCGCAGGAUGUUGCACUGCAUUCUUUCUGGCAAGAAGCCAUCGACUGUCCGAAGCUGAAGCGCCGAUCUGCCAAGAACCUCGCCAGACGCCCCUCGAGGUUCACCAUCCGUUCCGGCCAGGAGGUGAUGAGCAACAGUUGCUUGCAGAAGCUGGUAUCAAGGCCAAGCAGCUUGCAAUGCCUUAUUUGGGACGUCGUUUGCUCCGUGACCAUCGUCCAUGACACCAUCAUGAUUCCUCUCCUGACUGCUUUCCCGCUGCGGUCAGAAGGUGUUGUGGAGUCGUUGGAGCUGACGAGCUGCAUCGUGUGGAUCAUUGACAUUGUGGUUACCUUCCUCCGUGGGUUUAUCAACCCACGCACAGGUUUUGUGGAGAUGCGCCUGAAACAGAUUACAGUGAACUACCUCACCGGCUGGUUUGUGCCGGAUUUGGCCAUGCUCUCCUCUGACAUUAUGUCCCUGUUUGCGCUCGACCUCCGCACCGUGGAGACUUUGACGUUGCUGCGCUUGUUUCGGAACCUCCGGCUGUUUCGACUGUUAAAAAUGGCUGGGCGGCUGUCCUUGAUCAAAGAACUUGUGCUGGGAUUGAACAUGGGACUGGAGUGGACCUCACUCUAUGUGGAGACCUUCCUCACCGUUUUGAAGCACGUUUCCAUCAUCGCUCUGCUUUGCCACUUCACGGCUUGCGCCUGGUACGCCUUGGGCGACCUCUCCUCGGACGAGAUGACCUGGAUAGCCACCUACAGGGAAAAGCUGAACCUUCCAGAGGAAACGGGCUGGUCCUUCUUCUACGCCCUCUCCCUCCAUUGGGCACUCACCCAGUUUACGCCUGCGGCCAUGGAUGUUGUGGCCGUCAACACCCCGGAACGACUUUUCUCACUCUUUGCGACACUCUCCGGCCUCAUCAUGUUUAGCUUCUUUAUUGGCUCCAUCAACCAGUCUCUCGCACGGUUCAGCACGCUGACCGCGCAGGAGGUGCGCACGAGCCAGAUGGUGAGACGAUAUGUGACUGAGAAGCGAGUGUCGGUGGAGCUCUCGGCAGACAUCCUCCGCUGCAUCCGUCAGCGUGGUAUUGGCAGGGAGACCAGCAAAGUGGUCUUCGGCGACAUCCCUGCUCUGAAGCACUUACCGGACAAGGUGCGGUCUGCGCUGAAGCAGGAGGUGGGGAUGCCAAUACUGGAAACCCAUGGCAUGAUCAGACAUGCCGCUUUAAUCAACUAUGGCGAUGUGGCCCCACUCUGUGCGAAUGCUCUUCAGGAGCUGAGUGUCGUCUAUCGGGAGGAGCUUUUCCAAGCCGGCGCCAAAGGUGAGCUGAUGUACUUUGUCCGGGAUGGCAAACUCCACUACAGCUGGGAUGAGACACCUCAUCUGGUCGAGGAUAUCCUGCCUGGCAUGCGAGUUAGCGAAGCAGUGCUCUGGUUGAAUUGGGAGUACCGCGGUCGCCUAGGCUGCGGUUCGCAGAGUGCGCACAUUUUUCAGCUUGAUGGCGAUGGCUUCCGGAAGGUGAUUGCGCGGAGCACCCACAUGGAUCUCUUCGCCCUCUAUGCUCGGCUCUUUCUGAAAAUGAUUGCCGACUGUUACAACUGCAUAGAGGAAGAAGCCACGGAUCUCUUCGGCGACGAUGAGCAGGUCAGCAAGAUGUUACGUCUUUCCAGCUUAAUGACUGCUGGGAAUGAUUCGGUGGACAUUCGCGCCGUCUUCCUGGCCUGGAAGGGGGAGGCAGCAGCUGCACAGCUCCCUUUGCGGCAGGUUCGGCGGACGCUUCUCUGCGUUCCUCGUUUGGCACGCACGCUGUUUCGUUUCCGGCGCCAGUCUUCGCCAUCGUCGCACAACGGCGACGACGAUGUGUAG